AGGCGAAACACCUGCAGUAUGAUGAAAGUUUUAUCUCUUUCCCCACCCCAUGUCCGAUUAUUACAUCACUUUUUUCCACGGCCAGUAAAGAAGUCGCACCUGUGUAAUCUUUUCUCAAAUUGAUCUAUCACCACAUGAUGCAGUGGCCACCUGGUGCGAUAAAGACGAUGUCCAGGCAACAUCUGUAUUUAUGCCAGACCGGACGGGAUGCGCGGCCAGCGCCCCACGCUUGUUCCUUCAUCAUCCUCAUCUCGUUGUUAUUGUCCGCGACACUUUCCCCGCCAGGGCAGUUUCUCUUUGAGACUGAGCAGCAGGAGCGUCAUGCUCAUGGCAGCAGAUUCAGAGCCGGCAGCCUCGUUUUCGCGACUAAGCUUUUGUCGAAGAGCACUACGACAAAAAGAAUGGAUACAGUGGAAGGUGGAGACCCGCGGGGGCGGCCGACGAGUGCAAGUGUGAUUACGCAACACCCUUCUCAUCUUCCUCAGCGGCCCACAAGAGCAGCACCCGGUCGUAGAAGUAAUAACCCAGCCAAAAGUAAAAGAAUCCUUUCCGCCUUCCUCGCCAAAAAAGAGACGCAGCAACUGCGAGAAUCCGACAAAGAGGACAAUAAGUCGUGCACGCAGGACGAUUUGGGAGAAAGGGAAACAUGCGAGCUCUCGCUGUGCGCAACACAUCCUAAAUGCAGUGAACUCGGACUCGCCGACAAGUGCUGCCCCACAGGAGCCGGGACCAACAGCAUGGUGCUCGGCUGUUGCGACAAAACGCUAUUAGACGACCCGAAGCUUUGUCGCAACAACGCAAAGUGUGUCGAGAACGGGUUAACUUCUGGUCAGUGCUGCCCGACGGCUGAAGGGGUCAUGCUUGAUUGCUGCGACGAAAAGCAGCCCAGUAGUUCAAGCUCCUCAAGUAGUAGCAGCUCGACUUCUGUGGCACCACCACAACUACCCGUAGGCGGAGACCAGGGCACUGGGAUUGUACAAAAGCCCGUAGGGGUAGUGCAACAGCCUCAAGGUCAAGAACCAGGCGCAGGCCAGCCGGAUGCAAGUACUCCCCCUCGUCCUACCACCACUCCAACAACACCGACCACGCCGAAAAAGACUGCCCCACCGACCGUCGUCCCCAAUAAUGAUUCCAACGGGAAUGCUGCUGCACGGGAACAAGGCGAGACUGGUACUGGAGACGGAAUUUUGUUUUCUUCCGGGGAACAAGAAGAAACUGGAGGACAAAAUGAAAUUGACGGGGGCGAAGAAGAGGGUCCUCGGGGAAGUACCGCUCAAUCCGCAUCCGCUAGCGGGAAAAAGACUGCUCCGGUACCAGAGGAUGCGUUGGAGGACGAAGUAGGCUGCUGUGCGAGUGGGGAUUCAUCGCGCGCUCCGGCUGCUCCUAGUAUUACCCCUUGAUCAUGAAGCGCGUUGAGCAGCUUCGUGUCGUUUUCCGGAGGUAUCGAAUGCUGCGACUAGGCGCAGCAGCGUCUCGGAUGAAAAGUGUCAUGAGCUUCCUCUUCAAAGCGACUACAUGACUAAGCACCACGAACAGUACGAUCACUGCUCCAUGUAGCCAAGCUAGAAUUUCAAUCCUCACGCUAAGAACUACAUCAAACCUGCUCUUCUCCAAAAGAACAGCUGCACAUUACCUGGUGCACCUUUCAAACCCCGUGGUAUUUUUGACUGUGCUUCCGUAAUAUCCUAAUCCUAUCCAUUCGUUUUCGUUCCGCCACCGCCACGGGACCAACGACCCG